CAGAUUCGUCCGUAGGUAGAGCAGCAAAGAACGAUAAAGUGAAUGUCAGAUAGGAUGAUUUGUAGAAUUUAAGGGAGCAGGAAAAUUGUUUACCAGCUAAUAUUGUUAUGCUAUAUAGUGCAGUGUUGAAUUUCGGAGUUAUUUAGAAUUGAAUUUUGAUACAAGUUUAAAAGUAAGAUCACAUUGAAUUUAAAAGGCUCCAAAAUCUAUAUAAAAAACUAAUUUGAACUCACAGCUAAUAGUACGGAAAAAAAAACAGAAUUAUUACGGAUGAAAUCCAUUAUUUAACCUUAAAUUGAAGUAUACAAAAUAGAUUGUUCUGAAAUCGCGAUUAAAUUAUCAGUGAAAGACGAGAAGGGAUGAAACACGAAUAGUCAACGAAACUGAUUUCGACAUGAUAGAAUUAUUCGGUUCACCGGCUGGAAGAGCAUUAACAGUGAAUAAUAGAACAGCUGCCGAAAUGCAGCCAUGUAGUAAAUCGAACAACAGCACCAACAGUAGUAGUUCCAACAUUGCCAGCAGCAUCAGCCAGCAACCUCCCCUCAGCCAACAGCCUCUGUAUCAUCCACUUCAGAACUGCGGCUUCAGUGGAACUUGCAGUACCAUUUGCAGUGUUGGCCUCAACCAUAACCAUACGAACCCUUCAACUGCCAGCAACAACUUCGUCGAAACCAGCGAUCUAAUAAGGUACAGAUCCAACAACCAUCCCCAGCUGCACCACCAUCAGACUACGAACUACAGCAACAACAAUGGUCGGACGAACUCAAAGAUUGCCAAAAUAUGGAAGCUUUUCGAUGAGGACCGAAUACGCAAAACCAGCUUAGGCAGUAGCAGCAAUCACCACAGCAGAAGCAGCACAAGCACAAAUACCGGUAUUAGCGGGAGUGACAUCUUCAGUCGAUGUCAGAGCACCAGAAGGAAGUCCAGCUCGAUCCAAAGCGAGGAGAAAUCCACCAAGGACCUGUACAACGAAGCGGCCCAACUGCUUGGCAUCAAGUGCACACUCAGCGACAGCUGUCGCUGCAUUGAUUGUCAGAGCCAAUACUUCGACUGUGAUGAUUUCGAUUCGUACUCGGAAUAUUCGGAUAAAUCAUACGACACGGAGGACAAUUUCGCCGUAAAUCAAUCGUAUUACUGUUCCGGCGGCAACAUUCAGAGCCAACGACAGCACGAAAUGAUAGACGUCUGUCACCAUGAUGACGAGGAGGAACAAGACGUUGUUGGCUCCACUGUGCAUUCCCAAGUCACCAGUAACGAAUCCUCCAGCAGCUAUGCCAAUCAGCAGCGCCAUCUCCGGGGAGUAAACGUUGCCAAUGUGCGUGAUGGUGAUGAAAAUGAGGAUGACAAUGGUAACAAUAAAAAUGAUCAAUAUUUACUAGACGACGCGUCCCACGAGUUGCCACAUCCGGUGGGAGGAAACGUUCAUAGAAAUCCCACAGUUUCAUCCCACGCUGCUGCUGGUGGAAUCCAAUGUAGGAAGAGUAAUGGCGACUGUGAGAUCAUCGGACCAACGAAGCAACAGAUAAGGCCGUCAUCGCCGGGGGAUGAUGUUGGUCCAUCCAAUUCCGGUCGAGAUUAUGCUUCUGCCGGGGAAAUUAACGAACCGGAAACGAAUGGCAAUUCGAUAGCAUGAAAAAGCUACCAAUCAACAAUAAACUUGAUGCCAAAUAGAAACCAACAGACGGCAGCUGCCUGAAUCAAUCCUCAUACCGGUCGAUUCAGCCAAAAAAGUGCCAACAUCUCGCGUGGAAUAAUUUUCAUCAUGAAUCGAACGCCCAACAAGAUAGCAACUGUUGCCCAGCGAGGAAAACAUAAGAUCGAAAACAUCCGCCCCGGCACUCCACCAUGUUGUGUAGUAGAUAGUAUGUACCUACUCCGAAUCAAGCCCUUUUCAAUGAGCAAAGUCAAAAGCGCGUGAUAAACAGCAAAGUCACGUUCAGCGAUCUGAUCCAUUAGUUUUAAGUGGAUUACUUGUGCUGCGUCCUGAAUUCAUUCAGUAAAUCCUCGGUCAGUUGAUUGCUACUUUUUUGUCGAGCUUUGAAAUUUCCCGAACGCUUGCUUGUGUUCAGUGACCAUUUUCUUUUAUUUUCGGGGGGAAAAUUGAAUACAUGCAUGAGAGCGAGCAUCCCGAAGGAGAUAAAUCAAUUCAGUGACAACUCACGAUCUGGCCGCUUCUAUGGCAUUCAGGAUGAGAAUUUAAUGAAUCGAAUGUGCAUAAUUAGGAAUUCCAAAAUAGUGAGCAAGCAGUGAAAUAUGUUUUCUCUGCGAGGUAUACUCGAAAAGGACGUUUCUUUUAAAAAAAGACUAUUAAAGACAUUUAAGAUGA